UGCCUAGCAUUAUCGCAACUGCAUGGAAACGAAACCAUGAACAAUAUGAAGAAGGCGGUUAACACCUGCUUAUUAUCCUGGCUGCUGCUGCUCGGCACUCUCACACUGGCAGCACGUCCUGACGCAGGCGGCGGCCUCGAUGCAGCCACGGUAGCCGCGCAGGAGCUCGACCGCGUCCUGUCGCUGCCCGGGCAGCCGAGCUACUCAUCCGCGUCGCCCAAGCAGUACUCCGGGUACGUCACGACCGACGAGCACCUAGGCAAGGCACUGUUCUACUGGUUCUUCGAGGCCACGGAGACGCCUGACGAGAAGCCACUGGUGCUGUGGCUCAACGGAGGGCCUGGCUGUUCUUCCAUUGGGUUCGGGCAGUCGCAAGAACUCGGGCCGUUCCUGGUGAAGAAAGAUGUCCCUGAGCUCGAGCUCAACCCGUAUGCUUGGAACCAAGCUGCCAAUCUGCUGUUCCUGGACUCCCCAGCGGGCGUCGGGUUUUCCUACACAAACACAUCCUUCGAAAAGGAUCCACCGGGAGACAAUUCCACAGCACACGGUUCGUACGCUUUCCUCGUCAGGUGGUUCCAGAGGUUCCCCCAGCACAAGGCCAAGGAGUUCUACAUAGCUGGAGAGAGCUACGCAGGACACUACGUUCCCCAGCUCGCAGACGUCAUUGUGGAGGGGAACAAGAAGGCCUCCGAAGAAAACCACAUCAACUUCAAAGGCAUCUUGAUCGGAAACGCGUACAUGGACGGCGACACCGAUCUGGUGGGCAUCUUCGACUCGGCGUGGCACCACGCCAUCAUCUCGGACGAGCUCUACGGCGACGUGCAGAAGAAUUGCGACUUCAGCUUGGUGGAGCUGUCCCCGGAGUGCAGCGCGGACGUGGACCAGUACACCGCGCUCUACAGGGUCAUCGACAUCUACAGCCUGUACACCGACCGGUGCGAGCUCGGGUACCCGGAUUUCAACUACUCGGUGUCGCCGAAAACCGCGCGCGGCGCCAGUCGUCGCGGCCGCCUGGAUCUUCUCGAGGUGCCGAUGGGCUACGACCCGUGCACGCAGACGUACGCGACUGAGUACUUCAACCGCGAGGACGUGCAGAAGGCGCUGCACGCCAAUGUCACUGGCGUGCCUUACCCCUACUCGCUUUGCCGUAAUUCGAUAAACGACGCGUGGAAAGAUUCCGACUUGACAGUCGUUCCAGUAGUGAAGAAGCUGGUGGAGGCGGGGCUCCGGAUAUGGAUUUUCAGCGGCGACACGGACGCAAGAAUCCCGACCACGUCAACCCGGUACACGCUGAAGAAGCUCGGCCUGCCCAUCAAAGAGGACUGGUCGCCGUGGUUCCAUCGCAAGCAGGUUGGCGGCUGGACUGUGGUGUACGACGGCCUGACAUUCGUCACCGUGAGAGGUGCCGGGCACAUGGUCCCGUCCACGCAGCCGCAGCAAGCGCUCGAGCUGUUCAAGCACUUCCUGGCCAACACGAAACUGCCCUCCGAGCCCUUCUAGAUAUAUAAUAGUGUGCAACAAAGCUCUCCACUCCUGGAUAAACAAGCAGGAGCGAUCGUCCGUGCACCACAUUUAUUAGACCUGUUGUACCUGCGUUCUUGGAAGGUGUAAUGGAACAGUGCUGUGGCUGUGAUGGUAGUACCGUUCAACAAAUAUAAAUAAUUUUAGAAACUUUUACAACAGAUUACAGUUUGGAUA